GUCAGAGGAAUGAUCGGGAGGCGGUGUCGGUCACCAUGGAGUCGGCGGCGGGCGGCGACUGAGGCCCCGGCGGGUCGGUGAGGGGCCGGGGGCCGGGGGCAGGAUGUACAAGAAGGAGAAGAGUAUUCAGAUUAAGAGCAGUGCCUCUGCUCUUUACAACAACCUCAGUGUGCUGCCCAUCGCGCAGAAGAAUCUCACUUAUUUUGCCGUCAUCCAUGGCAGUUUGGUGAACAUGGUGAGCGCCUCCACAGAUGGCCUGAACUUCUCUCACAGGCAGCUGCAGUCCAAGGAGGGAGGCCUGGUGCAUGGCACCUCCUUAAUCAUGCAGGCAUCAUGGUGUGUGUUGCCUUCUCGAAUUCUCCUGGUAUUGGCAUCACAGAAAGGCAUUCAGAUGUAUGAAUCAGACGGCUCCAUCAUGGUGUACUGGCAUGCAAUGGAUACCCCGGAGGCACAAACAGAAGCUGUUUUUGCUCGGGGAAUUGCAGCAACCGGGAGUCACUACGUCUGUGUGGGCUCCUCGACAGGAUCCAUCCUCGUCUUCAAUAUCCCUCCAGAAGGUACAAACAUCACAGUAUCUGAAGUACUGGAGGAGCACAAGGACCCAAUCACUGAUAUUGCAAGUGACUGCUCUGAGGAUAAGGGGUGCAUUGCAGACCUGGUGACGGCUGAUGACUCUGGGCUCCUGUGUAUCUGGAAAUCAGGGGAAGAUUUUAAACUAAUCCACAAGAUUUCAUCUUAUGGGGUCACCUGCUCAUCUGUGAGGAUGUGGAGCGGGAUCAUUGCAGCUGGGUAUGGGAGCGGCCAGAUCCAGGUCUACGACACGGCGAGUGCUGCAGUGCACGUGGAGAUCAAUGCUCACGCUCGCUGGAUAAGCACACUGGACGUCGCACCUGAAAGUGGCAAGCUGCUCUCAGGAGCUGAGGAUUCCUUCGUCAACAUCUGGAGACUUUUUCGAAACCCGGAGUCCAAAGCCAUUGAGGUGGAGCAUUUGCACACAGAGUGCGUGAUCGACGUUCAGGUCUGCGGAGGCAAGUUCUGUGACCCCGAAGGAAGUGCCUUUGCAGUGACUGGAUACGACCUGAGUGAGAUUAUUCGUUAUGUCCAGGUGUAAAUGCUGAGGAUGGAGAGUCGAUGUGCAGGUGCUGGGAAACAUUCCCAGGAGAAUGCAGCCUCUGUAAAUGUCUUCACCGAGGGCACAUGGAAUUUUAUAGCAACUCGUCCCCUUGAAUUGUCUCAGUGCUUAGCAGGUGGCUUUGAUGUAUAGUGCACAGUAGUUGGAGCCUUCACUGUUCAUCUUUGGGGUCAAAACCAACCAAAGAUGUUUGAUACUUUGAAUUAAGUGAAAAAAUCCAAUGCUGGUUUCAUUAAACGUGACCCUGGAUUGACAUAAAACCCGUGUGGUACUGGCCCUCCUUAGCCAGUGUGGCUGGUCAUAACUCUUCCCAGAAAUGGCCCAAAAUGUUUCCAAAUUAUCAAAAGGAGGGAUCUGGUGAUGGACAGUAAACACCCAUAAUUAAUGAGUUAAUUAAUGGUCUGUGUUAAACUGCAAAAUGAUACCAGUUAGUUUUGAUAUUCAGUUAGAAAUAUUCAGUGUUAAAGUUUAAUUAUUGUGUUUGUCUGUUUAAAGAUGUUUGGAUUAUUCAUCUGGUAAUGUGACAUCACAUGUAAGUUGUCUGCUUUCAAUAGAAGUAACCUGUAUUAACACUAA